CCGUAGCCUGAGGUCUUCUGCUGCUUACUGCCGGAGUCUCCACCAAACUGCUAAUCUUGGUCUCAAGUGGCUUACUGGAGAUGCUGGAUGAAGAUGCAGUUGGAACCAGUUUUGUUCUGGAUUUUUUUCGACUUUGGGAUUCAGUAUUGAGGAAGAGGAAUGCUGAAUUUGGAAGAGUGAGUCGACUGAAACUUCAGAGUCGCAGUGGAAGACGAGGAAUCUACAACAGGAUAAGCCAAAAAUGUUGGAAAAACUACCAAAUUUGAUGACCAGCCUUGAUACUGCAAGAACUGUAACUCAUCUGAUGGAAUAGCUGGUAUCCAGAAUAUUUAUAUUCCAAAUGCGUGUAUCAGACAAAUGUUAUCGAAUUGGAAUCAAAACCACCUGAAUUAAAUGUUCACAGCAUGUAUGUACACAAUUCACCCCCUUUAUUGGAAAUAUACUAGUACCUGGACAUUAAAAAUUGAUCAGUCCCUCAGUGUAAAUGCAUUACGCUGCUGAAUCUGUUUGGUUUACUGAAUGUUUGCCAGUUAGUUUACCGACUGCAGCUACCUGUGGUACUUCAGGAGUGUUAGAAUGUCCACUGUAGUCCAUGAUAAAACGGAUUAUACAAUUUUAUAAUUAGAAAAAAAAAACUCAACUCAAAAUUGUGCAAUUCAAUAGGUUCUUAGAAAUAAAAACAUUGAGCAUUUUAAGAGAAGGUACAAGGCAGACCACUAACUAAAUGUCAAGUUCAUUUGUUAAUAACACUACGUACAUUAAAAAGACCACCAUUUAAACAUGAUUCUCCAUUAAAAGAAACUUCAAACUGGUAGUAGGAUUUAUGAGAGGCUGUACAGUGUGCAAAUUACUGUCUGUCAUGGCAGGCACACCUAAAUGAUGCAGACAUAGAGGGUUUCUUUCUGCCCACAAAACAUUAAAAGAUCUCCAAGUCAUGUUUUGAAGAAAAAGCCCUCACCGAGUCUUUUAUGUCUGACCACAGGUAUCAUUUAGAUCUGCCCACAAACACACGCCUUUAGUCUUCAGAGUACAUGUGACAACACAAAACUGCACUGCAUCACUGACGUAAUCAGGCGGUAACAGUUUGCUCAUGACUUCCAGUAAGAUUACAAUAAAAAUUGCAGGGAAAGAUUCCUGGACAUAUCUGAGAAGUAAUUUCUUUCUCUUUCUGUUUUGUUUUUUAACUGAUAAUUACCAGGCCCACAUAGAAAUUGUGCAGGAUUCAAAUGGUCACACUUCUACACAUGGAAGCUUGUUUCCACCAUGGGAUAAAAAAUAAAGGUAAGAGCAACUUUUUAUCUCACAUUGUUUUUUGCCCUUGCAAUUCGGAGAUUACGGUAUAUUUCACAACUCGGACUACUUUCUAAAAACAAAUUCUGAGGGGGAAAAAGUGAGAUAUAAACAGAAUUGCAAUAGGCUAUGAAUUGUGAAAUACAACUAGUCAACAUUUGAAGUGGAUCAAAACCUUUCAUCAAAGUUGUCCUAAAACCAAAAUGUGUUCUUGUCUUUUUGAUUCACUUCAAAUGUCGACUACUGUAUAAACUUGGAAUUGCCACAAUAGAAAAACCAGAAUAUUUUUUUUCAGCAAUGUGAGAGAGAAAUUCAGAAUUGCAAUAACUUCCAAUUUUGAGAGAUCGAUUUCCAAGACUGUGUCUUCCAAUUCUGAGUUUAUAUUUCUCAGUUGUGAGAGGUCAGAAUUGUGAGAGAAUCUCAGAUUUCUGACUUUUUUUUUUUUUUGUUGCAAUUUCGAGAAAAGAUAAAAUGACCUUUUUAUUUUAUUUUUUUAAUUUUGUGGUAUUCCCCUUUUUUAAAUUUUUUUAAAUUAAAUACUUUUGCUAUUUUUUAUUUUUAUAUGCACAGCUACCAAUAAACUUGUAGUCCACUGAACAUGCUUUAGCAUUUGAAUCCUCAGAAUUCAGUAGAUUUUGCCCCAGAACGUGCACAAAAGAAAGUCCACAGAAAGUCCAUCUGGGCCUGGCAAUAAAUGUAUAAGCAUAACACAGACAUGAGAAUACAGUCCCAAUUAAUAAUAAUAAUAAUCAUUCAUACAGCAGGCUCAACAUGUUUUACCGACUGCCUUCCUUGAUUUGUUCUUUAUCCCCAAAGACGAUAUCGAUUCACUCAGCCAUUUGUAAGAUCCCUUCUGUCAAAGAGCUGGACGACUUUGAGUCACGCUCAUGAAGGCCCAAUAUUUUCAAUAUCAUCAUGGCCAUACUGCAAUAUGUGGUGCAUUGAGGACACAGCAGGUGCAUUGAGGAAUGCUUGACUAGAAUAUGAAGCUACUGCAUCCAAACUACAACCCAAAACCAACUUAGACCACCUGCUGACUGAGUGGAUGGGGGAUAUGAUUUUUCUUAAACAGUUUUUAAACUCUUUCUACGAUUCCAUUUUGAGUCAUAAACAGGCCUACACGAAAUCUGCAUGCAGAUUUCCACAGAACUGUAAUGCAUUCAUGAAGUUUAUUAGUUUGCUAAUUUGAUUUGAUUAUGCUUACAGUUACCACUAAGGAUAGCUUCGUUUAACACAUUGUUUUAAUCCAUUUUCGCAGAAAACGUCUGCAGAUUGCGCCUGGGCCUGGUUAUAAGGUGGACGUCUGAGAGACUGGCGUCAUUAUCAACUUGACGCCGCAUUUCCUCUCAGCGCGUUGUCAGGUAACGGAAGUGUGUAGGCAUGAGUCUCAUAGAGCGGAAUUCAUCCACCUGGAGACGCAGAGACACGUUUCCAAACAUCCUCGCGGCAGGAAAGCUCAUUCCAGUUGGUGACACAACUAAGACUUGUCUGCAAGAAAUUACAUCAGGGACUGUAACUCCACCUGUGGUGAGAAAGUUUGUCAAUUCUGCUCGGCCGCCCGUUGAGACAGUUCGGGUCUUCCAUGGAAAAGCAAAUGAUCCUGACAUUGCCAGCACACUAGUCCAUGGCGUGAACACUAAAUCAUCCAUUAAUGCUGGCUCAGUGAUCAAUCCUGCACCAAAAACACGCUUCCAAGAGUGGCUGCGUCAUCUUCAUGAAAUCAAUUAUGCCAACUAUCAGAAAGCUCCUCUUGGGAGGUCAGGAGUUCAAGGCCCUGGUUUACCAAGCUGGCUUGAUGCUGAGAAAACCACUUUUGGUGUUACAACGCUCCAGUUAUCUAAUGGCAGUGAGGUCAUCAAUCCACCCAAAACCACACAUCAGGUGAAGAAGGAAGCGGAUGAGGGACAUCAGCUCUAUGUUCGCUCACACGGAUCCUAUUUUGUAGGAGAGCGUGUGGACAGAAAGUACAAUUGCAAUCACUAUAGGAGAGAUGGUAGGUUUGGUGUCCCAACGCCUCAUUACAAUGAUGGGAGAACCAUCUCCAGAUCUCUGCGGUGGCCCUGUGACUCACUAAUGCACAACAGCGUAAAAUUAGUUUCCAAACGCUGCGACGACUUCAGAGAGAAGACUCAGCCACAAACAAGCAAAGUUCAUGAUCCAAUUGCAGAGACAUUAAACGUUCCCAGUGAUCACACAUUUGGAGUCUUGAUGAAACCUGACAGCUUUGGUGUGGGUGACCUGCUCCAUCAAACUCCUCCUGGCGAGUACCUGAAAGGUAAAGACAGACAGCGAGCCGUGGUCAGCGCUGUUCGCCAGCACCUCAAGAACUCCAACUACCAGAACUUCAGCUCAUUACUCGAAGCAUUCAGAUACUACGACAAGAAGGGUCAAGGGAAAAUCGAUAAGCAGGAUCUGAAGGAAGUCUGCCACCAGUUUAACAUGAUCAUUAGUGACCCAGUGCUUGAUGAUCUCAUGAAUUAUUGUGAUGUUGAUAAAGACGGACUGAUCGGCUUCAUGGAAUUUUCCAAUUUUCUUAAUUGGAAAGACAAACUGCCAAUCAACAGGGUGGAGCAGAAAAUUCUCACAGGAGAGCGGAAGGCUUGGACAGCCCCAGCUAACAUGCAGCGCACAGACCUCCAGGAAUCCAGCGCAGUGAAACCUUUGAUUAGACCUGAAGAUCUGGAUCCGGUUGAGGUGGGAAGCACCAGGAAGACUCCAAAAACCCUGUCUAGGCCUAGAACUGUGCAGAACAACUUCUUCACCUCGUCUUCUCUCAUCAAUGCUGUCGUGGGUGGACUUUCCCCCGCCGAUGAUCGCACAUACGGAGUACCAACUGUACGGGCUGAUCUACCUGCUCCUCGUAUCAAACGUCUCAGUGACAGGACAAACUACGGAGACGAAGCAACAGCACAUUAUGUGCUGCACCCCCCUCUGCAUUCCCUCUACGGAGUCCAUGAAAAAGAGUUUUUUAGUCCUCGCACUAAAGAUGAGAUUGCACAGAUAUUCCAAAAAGUGGGUCUCAACGUUGCUGAUGAAACAUUUGAAGAGGCCUGGAAGUUGGCGUCCAUGAGACAUCCUGCUGGUGACGUAUGUGUGGAAAGCUUUCGAAAUGUUCUUGGUGAACUACGGGCAAAUUAAACACAAAACUUGAGUAUUUUAAUUUAAUUUUCUUUAUAAUCUACCAUUAAAUAAAGACUUGCAUUAAAAAGUG